CCUAUUCCUCUCUCUUCUCGAUUGCCAUACGAUCAGACGCCUUGUUGUACUUUGCAGAAUGUCUCUGGACGAGGAAACCUUGGAAACAGUCGCCAAUGGCGGCAUGAUGGAUCUUCAGAAAUGGCCGGCGAUGGUUGAGCCCCUGCUGAGCCGAUUGGAUUACAUCGUCUACAACGUCUUCCCAAUGCCCGAGUCGCCUCCCUCCCCAGAAUCCUCACAUCCUACCGACACACAAACUACCAACGAACCCCCCUCAAGCAGCAACAAAGAAAACACCGACCUCCCCACGCAUACCCUAGUAUCCGCACCCACAGACCGCAACCCCGACUCCCAACCCCAGUCAGCAACAAUAACAACAACGACAACAACAACAACAACAACAACAACAACAGAACCGACCCUCCCGCAACCCCUCCAGCUCCUUCUCAACAACACCCGCUCCACAAUCCGCUCCCUCUUCCCCUCCAAACCCCCGCACACGCUGCAACGCCUCGCGGAGCUCAUCCUCCGCCCGCAGGCUCACUACCGCACCCUUCCGGCCUACCUGCGCGCCCUCGACCGCGUCGUUUCCGUGACGAGCAGCGCCGACAUCUUCCCCGUGCAGACAGGCUCGGACGCGACUGCACCGACUCACCAGCCAAAUGGCAUAAUCUCCAGCGCGACCAACGGCGCCGCAGACCUCGGCUCCACGUUCGCCUUGUUUCAGGAUACGCACGUUCCGGGGAGUGAUGAGUCGCUUGGAGGGGCUUUGUUGACGCCCAUCCCAUGGUUGACUGGUGCUUCGGCAGAAGCAGCAGCAGCAGCAGUGGCGGGGGGCUCGUCGCCGGGCGGCGAGGCCACCAGCGAGGAUAUUACACUCGAGGGAGCUCCUACGGAAGUCCCAAGCAACGACAUACUCACCACCGAAUCAUCAACCACGACGACGACCACCACCACAGAAACCACAACAUUAGACCAACAGCAACAACAACCACCCCCCCACGAAGAACUCACCACCACCACAACCACCACAAUCGAAACCCAAGCAAUGGAAGGCGCCGACGGCUCGCCCCAACCAGACCCCAGCGAAGACGUGCCGCACGCACGGGGACCACCCGUCGUAGGCAUCGAAGACAUGGGAUUGCAGGAUGGGCGGGGCAUCGAGAUGACGCUUUCCCAGGAUGAGGGGGAGGAUAAUUUGCAGUCUGCGGCGCAGGGUGGUGGUGGUGGUGAUGGUAGUAAUAAUCAGCAAGAGGGAAAGGGCUCUAAAGACGCAGAGGCGGAGGCAAAGGCAGAUACAGAUCUGGGCGCAAAAGACGGAGACGGCGACAUUGAGCUUGGGGAUCAGGCUGCUGACGGGGCUGCUACUGCUGCUGUAGGAGAGAAUAAAGAGUCGGCAAAGGAGGAGGAGACGAAAGGAUAAAUCCAUCACAUCUGACUACCUAGAGGAAUACUGUGCUCGGAAAGGAAAGAAGAAGGGAGAUAAGAAGAUGUUUGAUCAAGUAUCUUUGAUAGGCACGCUUAACGAGAGACGAU